UAUUUUUGACAUUUGUGAGAAGGAAGUUCUCUUUGCGUGGCUGAAAAGUAAAAUUAAAAUAUAAAAUUAAUAAAAUCCACGCAAUUUACUGAUUCAAAAUGAAAUUGGAAGUCUUACCAACUAAGGAAAUUGCCAAUCUUAUUCACGAUGUGAAAGUUGGUAAAAUUGUGGGUUCCUACAAUAUCACAGCAAAAACUUUAAAAAUCUUCAAGCAAAUCAUUAACAGUGAAGAUUGGAAACAUGCUGAGGAGCUCAUGAAAACCAUUAGAGGACAGGCAAAGGUUCUUGUUUCAGCUUUGCCGCAAGAAGCUGUCACAGCUAAUAUUGCCAGAAGAAUGCUAAAGCUGGUUCGAGAAGAGUUUGGUGCCCUCAAGGCAAAGGUCCAAUAUUGUGACGAUUCACAAGCAUCUUUAUCAUUGCACAAGCUUAUCACACAAACCAGUGAAAAUGAUGUCAACAAAGACUACACCCAGCCUCAGGAAGGUUUGCGAGAAGCACUACUUGAUCAUUUACAAGAAAUCGAAAUCGAAUUGGAAACCAGCACUGAAAAUAUUUCAAUCCAAGCCGAAGAGAAUAUACAUUCGUCUGAAGUGAUCUUAACUCUGGGCCACUCGAGAUGCGUCGAGAAUUUCCUCAAACGCGCAGCCAAAAAACGUCAAUAUUUGACUGUAAUUAUUGCCGAGUGUGCUCCCUCAUGUCGUGGUCAUGAUCUCGCAUCGAAUUUGGCGGCUGGAAAUGUUGAAAUAGUUGUCAUUCCCGACUCGGCUAUUUUCGCAAUGAUGUCUCGGGUCAAUAAGGUCAUAAUUGGGACACACAGUGUGCUCGCAAAUGGAGGUUUACGUGCUGCCUGCGGUGCCCAUACAGUCGCGCUCGCUGCCAAACACUAUUCUGUUCCUGUUAUCGUCCUGGCUCCCAUGUAUAAGCUCUCUCCUGUCCAUCGCUGCUCUUACGAAGCUGAUGCAUUCAACUUGGUUGGUUGUGCGGAAGGUGUGAUCCCCUAUGAUUCUCUGGCAUCCAAUUUCGCCAAAGUCUAUAGUCCUAUCUUUGAUUAUGUCCCGCCAGAAUUAGUAACACUCUUUAUAUCAAAUAUGGGUGGUCAUGCUCCGUCUUAUGUCUAUCGAUUGCUGACAGAAUUAUACCAUCCCGAAGAUUAUGAAAUUUAAAUUGACAAACAAAUAAAAACAAAGACAUCAUCGAAAUUAUUAAAUAAUAAAAUAAAAAGAAUAAAAGAAGAGAAAAGAAAAGAAAAGCCUUUACCAUUU